AUGGCCAAGCGGUCGGACGAGGAGCCCACGGCAUCCGGAUCUCCCAGGAGCAGCUCCAAGAACGUCAAGGUUGUGCUGCAGGGCAAUGCCUACGCCCAUCUCAACCUGUCCGACAUUCAAGAUGCGCUGCUCCAGGUUGAAGUCGCUGCCGGCGGUCUGGCCGAUAGCCACAGCCCAACGCUAGGCGCCGAAGGAGAAGCUGCUUUCGAGAUACCAGACCACCAGGAUGCGCACUCGUCCUCUCUCGGGUCUGUUUCAGACCCUUUCCGCAUCGUAGUCACCGACGAAACGGGCACGCUUAGACCAAAGUCCGUCUUUGCCAUGCUGCGUCUGAUCUUGUCGGCCCGCCUCAAGGUCACCAAUCACAUAAUCAAUGACGAAUGGAACAUCGACGGCCCUCAACUUGUGCGCGCCUUCCAGCAGGCGACCCGGCCACCUCCCAUGCUUGGGGGUCUGGACGAUCAACUGCGGAACCUGCCCAUGGAGCCAACCAGGCUAAACAUUGAGCUCGUCCGAAUACAUCUCCAACUCCUAUCACGCUUCAAGGCUUCUAUAGAUGGAAAUCCUGAUCCUGAGAGUCGAUUCAUGAAACACUGGGUCCCGCUGUCCAUUAAAGACCCUCUCCUUCUCCAGAUAGUGCUGUAUACCGCAGUAUGCUUCCUCAAGGAAACAGGCCGAGUGCCCAAGAUGCUCGCUUGGGCUUACAAGGGCGUGGUCCACCGUAUGCUCAACGAGCACUUGAGCUCGGCUAGAAUGCAGACGGGCGAUGCGGCCAUCAUGGGAACCGCCCAGAUGGUCAUGGACUCGUGGUACUGGGGAACCACUGAAGAACUGCGCGCCCACAUGGCGGGCCUCAAGACCAUGCUGCGGAUGAGGGGCGGUCUGCAGGAUCUAGGAAUGGGCGGUUUCCUAGCCAAGACGGUGCUCAUUCACGACAUUGCCAUCGCCAUCGCUCACGACAUUGAGCCCGAUAUCUACGGCCAACCCAGUUUUGAAUUUCAAGAUGACUUCAUGGUUCCGUAUCAAACCGCUUUCAAUUCCCCCUUUUUAUCAGGAUGGCCAAUGUUUAUCGACCCGGCAUCGGCCCUGAAACUUCAUCGAAGCUCGGCCCAGAUCCUGGACGACGUAAGAUCUGUCAUACAGAUGGUACAAUCCCUGCCUCCCUCGCCAACCGCGCAAGAGCUGCUCCAUGUCAAGGAAGCUGCAUUGUGGGCGCUUAACAAGCUAGAUCAGAUGCCCGAGAACAUUCCCCUUCAUGACCAGGACGACGGCACGGGGCGUGGAGCCGAAGAAGGAGACGAUGUCCAGUGGGAGACGACGGGCUACGAGGGGGCGGGUACAUCCCCGGCAAGUAGUUCUGAUUAUGAUUCGUCCUCCCCCAGAAGCAACGAUAGUGCAUCUAUGAGCAGCUCGCCACCCGCGCCGGUAGAUGAAACUGCCAGUGCCCGAUUGGCCAGGACGAAGAAUGAUGCCAUGUACCGCUGUAUCCGCGUAACGGCCUCGAUUUACUACCGAGCCAUCAUUGCCCGCGUGCCCACCAGCCAGAUCCUAGGCGAGACUGACUUUUUAAAGCUGUGGGAGCUGGUCUGGGAGGUUUCGGUGCCGUACUGGAAGACUGCUGUGGGCGUCUUCAUCUGGGUCAUGGCGGCGGCGGUGCCAAGCUGCCACACGUCCCCGCCCGCGCGGAUGAUCAAGACGCUGUCCGUGGUUGGCUGGAUGACCAUGGGCCUGGAGAACUGGCACGUCGCCAUCAGCGCGGCUAAUACGGCCCUGAGUCUGCAGCGGUGGCUCAGGGGAGACCAGUACAAUUACCCCCAGGAUGACGGGAUGGAUUACCAGUAUGGCCCUUCGGGGGGAGAGAAUGUGGUGGAGAAGCAUGGGUUCAUUCUACGGGAAGCGAGCAUCCCGGAGGUGGUUGCCAAUGUGCGGUGCAAUGACGAUCACGAGCUGAUUGAAUAG